UUCCCCUUUAUUUUUCUAGUCAUGGAUCAGAGGCCUCUUACAAGUAUGAUAGAUGAGAUGUAUCUGACAAUUACAAACUGGGAUAAUCAAUCCAUGGCCCAUGAGUUCAUCUUCCAAGCAUUCUCCACUGUUCCUGAGAUACAACAACUUAUUUUCACUUUCUUUCUUUUGCUCUACCUCACAAUCAUUUUUGGUAACUGCUCUGUCCUUUGGGUUAUCUGCACUGUCCGUUCCCUGCAUACCCCAAUGUAUUUCUUUCUGGCCAGCCUCUCUUGCCUGGAAAUGUGUUAUACCACUGUGGUAGUACCUCAGAUGCUUGCUAGCAUUUCUGAUUUCCACAGAACAAUCCCAUUAGUGAACUGUGCCAUCCAGAUGUUCUUCUUUACAACACUAGGAGGCACUGAUUGUUUUAUGUUGGCUGUCAUGGCGUAUGAUCGCUACAUAGCCAUCUGCCACCCACUUCGCUAUACCCUCAUCAUGACCUGGCAAGUAUGCAUGUGGCUGGUGAUUGGCUCCCUGAUUCUUUCCAUAGCGCUAUGUCUGCAGCUAACCAUCUUGAUUUUUAGCUUGCCUUUCUGUGGUUACAAACCCAAGAUCAAUCAUUUCCUAUGUGACGUACCACCUGUGCUAAAGCUGGCAUGUGCCGAUACCCAUCUCCACCAAACUGCACUAUAUGGUGUUGGCAUCAUGGUUUUAACAGUUCCCUUUCUUCUGAUAUGCAUCUCGUAUGUUUAUAUUGUGGCUGCCAUUCUCCGGAUUAAGUCUACAUCUGGACGGCACCAGGCCUUCUCCACCUGCUCCUCCCACCUGACAGUUGUGCUCCUACAAUACGGAGUCUGCAGCCUUGUGUAUCUGCGUCCCAAGUCCACCACUUCAGAAGAUGAGGAUCGGAAACUGGCUCUUAUAUAUACCUUUGUCACUCCUCUCCUGAACCCCUUGAUCUACACCCUGAGGAACAAAGAUAUCAAGCAGGCUUUAAGGAAGGUCAUGAAGAAAAUGGUUACAUCUCAGACUUGAGUCUCAAUUCAUCUAACAUUAUUAUAACCUCAAAACCUGUUGUGGAUUAGCAGUAUCACAGAAGGAAGUAAUCUUGAAUCCUUCAGGUAAUUGCUGAUCAUUUCCCAGAAUCUCUUAAUGUUGUCCAUGUUAUCUGGGGUUCUGGUUUGUAUUUUGUCACUGGUUCUCUACUUCUUAUCUGCUUAAUUAAUUACACUAUGGUAUGGAUAUCUAAUAGAUCUGUGUUAGCCAGAGAUCUUUUUAUAAUGGACAUCAGAUUGAGGAAUGAUCUACAAACAAAAGCUUUAUUCCAGCAUUUUUUGGGACAGUCCUGACCCCAUCUGUACUUGGCAGAAAUGAAUUUCCAUAUCUGUAGACUAGGGCAGUGUUUAUUAUUGUUGCUAAUAUUAAUAUUAUUAACCAAAUUUAAUAAUUAACAUAUUGCUCAAAGCAUAGGCAAAUUAGGCAAUCACAUAAGGUACUGGGUUAAAGAAGGUAUCAAAUUACAAGAAAAAUCUCCAACAGAAGAGAAUAUAUUUAGCUCAGGGAUGAACUGUGGAGUUUACAUUACAGACCAUUCAAAAGAGCAAAAAACCCACAAAACUUAGGGAGGAAAUGAAAAUACAACAGCCCACAUUGAGAUAAGCAGAGAUCAGCACCAGAUAAACAAUCAGGCAGAAAACAAUAUUCUAAUCAAGGAAUAUGAAAAAUGUUGAAAAAAAUGGUCCCAUCUCCCAGCAUCUCUUAACACUGCCCAUGUUAUUUGGGGUUCUGAGUUGCAUUUUGUCACAGGUUAUCAACUCCU